AUGAACAGCAACCCACUACUGAAAUUGCUGGGCGAACAAUCUCUAACAAACGGCAGGGUGCUGGUACUGGUUCAGCUGAAUGGGGGAAACGAUGGUUUAAAUACGGUUAUUUCGUUAGACAGGGCUACCGAUAUAUGGUUAACGGGCUCUUCUUCCAAUCAGUAUCUAACUACGGGCUGGCUGGGCCGCACGGUUGACCAGCAAUAUCCCGGCUACCCGGAUCCGGCAUCGCUGCCCAAUGCAGAUCCGCUGGCGGUUCAGAUAGGAUCUCAAUCAUCAUCCAUGAUGCAAACCAGCCAGACCAAUGCAGCGUUUACUGUAACAGAUCCCAAUUCAUUUAAUGAUUUUGUAAAUGAUGUGGUACCGGUAAUGCCGGAUACCCCUUACGGAAGGGAAGUUACUUUUUUGAGAAAAUUGCAGCAGUCAACAGAAGAAUAUUCCAAUGUCAUCAAAACAGCCUAUGGCCUUGGCGCCAACCUGGCCGGCUACCCCGCCAAUAAUUCAUUGGCCAAUCAAUUGAAGAUUGUGGCCAGGCUUAUCAAAGGCGGGUUAAAAACACCGCUCUACAUUGUUAAUCACCCCAAUAGUUUUGAUACCCAUGCUGCACAGAAAGAUUUGGAUCAAUUGGGGAUUAAAGACCGGGUUACCGGAAUGACCUUUACUGAAUUUGGACGCCGCAUUAAAUCCAACGCAGAUGCAGGUACAGACCAUGGUACUUCCAUCCCCAUGUUCUUUUUUGGAACCAAACUGAACCCGGCGCUCACCGGUACCAGUCCGGUAUUGCCGGCCAAUGCGGGCACCAACGACCAGAUACCCAUGCAGUUUGAUUUCAGAUCCGUUUAUUAUACAGUGUUGCGCGAGUGGUUCCAGUUAACAGAUGGAGAUCUCAGCAAUGUGUUGUUUCAACCUUACCCGGCCCUGCCUAUUUUUAACCAGCUGGCAUUACCGGUAAACAUAUUGUCAUUUACGGGUAACUGGAAGAAUGCGGCGGUGUCAUUACAAUGGACUACAGACAAGGAAAUCAAUAUUGACUAUUAUGAAAUUCAGCGCUCAGACGAUGGCGUAAACUACAGCAAAAAAGGAACGGAGCUGAAUUACAAGUUUAUUACAGAUCUGGACAUGUACAUGAAGAUUGAUGAGGGGUUAAAGCAUAAUGCUGUUAUCAAGAAUAUGCAACAGUUCAAACGGGUCUUAGCUAUUGAAAAGUACAAAGAUAUUUUGAAUACGAUUUCGAAAGAAGUGCAUGUAAUGGAAAUCGAACUGGAAAUUUCUGCAAAUCCUACGGGGACUGUAACAGGGUACGCCGUGCGUACAGCAAAGGAUGGUCAUUCAUUUAUUACUUUGGAACUUAAUGGAGGUCUGGAGUUCGUGCAGUCUAUGGAGACAGGGAAUUUUUACGCAACCACACGCAAAUGUAGUAUGCCAUGCACGUUUGGGGAACCAUUGGCUAAAACAAUGGUUGGAGUAUCUCUUCCGGGAGAAGUAGUAAGGGUGCAAGCUGAGCCUUACGAGUACACCAUUAAGGAAACCGGGGAGGUUAUUACGCUGAACUACAGUUAUGAGUACCAGCCAGAAACUGAAAAGCAGUCCGUUCCCAAAUUGGAAAUGAAUUUCAUUGAUAAGGAUAAGGCAAUCGCGGAAAAUCGGAGAAUUAACGAUCAGCUCGAAAAUCAAAAACAGAUAUUAGUAAACAUUGGGUCAACUUUAAACGAGGAUAAACUUUCGAAAAGCUUUGAGCUGCAGACUGAGGAAUUGGAGGUCGCAGUUGCCCUAACGGGUUUGGAUGUCAAGCAAGAUAAUUUGGAAAACAAGUUGCACAAUGACACCAAUUAUUCAGGAGGAGUAUCAACCGACGCCUCUUUCUCGGGUGGCAUGCCAGGCGGCGUCAUGCCAUUUUCUGCAGCGCCGGGUAGCAGUGGAUCACCCCCAAAGAAACCCAUAGCACUACUUUUUCUGUCAGCCCCACAUACCAGUGUGAAUGUACAUCGGGGCUUUCAAUCAGCGUGUUAA